AUGGCACAAUUAACCUCUAAUACCUUCCGCCAUGGUGUCAUGAUAACCAAAACAAAUGCUGCGGCCACCAAUGGAAUGAUGGGAGCCUUUAACUGCUCUCAACCACCGAAAUUUGAAAACUUUGACAUUAGCAAAUGCUGCCGUUUGCCGAACAUAAAUCUGGGACCUGUUGUGGAAAAAUGUCACAAGCAUGUUAAGUCACUGAAAUCGCAUAAUGCCAACUAUCCUGCCUAUGCUCAUGUGUGCUAUCCUGAAUGUAUUUAUCGUGAAACGGGUGCCUUUAUUAAUGGCGAUAUUCAGAUGGACACGGUCCAAAACUUUUUACAAAACAACAUCGAACAACGUGAUAAGAUUAUUGUGCCGACCAUUGUCACAUCCUUCCAGACAUGCAUGGCCAACAUCAAAAACACGAUGCAGGCCAAAGGCAUCAAAAGUUAUCCGAAAAUCGAUGGCUUAGGCUGUUCUCCAUAUGCCAGCAUGGUUUAUGGUUGUGUAAAUGCCGAAACAUUCCUGCACUGCCCGCCGGAGAUGUGGCAGGAUGAUAGUUCAUGUAAUGUGGCGAAAAACUUUGCUCUACAAUGUAACCCUUUGCCGCACGUCCCACUGCCAAUGAUUUAA